UUAGUGAGAGUGAUUAAUUGGUAUUUCUGAGCAGGCAAACGCAGAUGGCAGAGUGCAACAAGGAAGAGCGUGUCCAGCAAACGGACAGGGUAAAGAAAUACGGUGGUCUUGGCCCAAAGAAGCCUUUGAUAUCCAAAGAUCAUGAACGGGCAUUCUUUGAUUCAGCUGACUGGGCAUUAUGCAAGCAAGGUGCAGCAGUGAAUCAACUGUCUACAACAGCCAUAGAAACAUUGCGACCAAAACUACAUAGAACACCCCACCAGCAGCUUUCUCCAAGAAAACCUGCCUGCACGUCUGGCCAAGAAAAUCUGGAGAUUUAGUUAUAAAUGUGUAGAUGGAGUUACUGUAAUAAAUCAUGAAUCAUGGUACAAUUUUAUUAUUGAA